AUGGGAACCGUGCUGUCUUUGUCGCCUAGCUACCGAAAGGCUGCUCUCUUUGAGGACGGCCCGGCCACUGUGGGCCACUACACAGCCGUCCAGAACAGCAAGAACGCCAAAGACAAGAACCUGAAGCGCCACUCGCUCAUCAAUGUGCUCCCGUGGAAGCGGAUUGUAGCAGUGUCCGCCAAGAAGAAAGGCUCCAAGAAGGUGCAGCCCAACGGCACCUACCAGAACAAUGUCACCCAGCUGAACAACGAGAACCUGAAGAAGUCGCAGUCAUGCGCCAACUUGUCCACCUUCACCCAGGAUCAGAGCACUCCCGCUCUCACCAAGGCCUCCAACAACACGGUAUCGUCUAUCAAGAAAGCCCCUCUGACCAACUCCAAUGUGGCCCCCGGGACCCCUAAGAGAGUGAUUGUCCAGGCCUCCACCAGUGAGCUGCUGCGCUGCCUGGGGGAGUUUCUGUGCCGGCGUUGUUACCGGCUGAAACACCUGUCACCCACUGACCCAGUGCUGUGGCUGCGCAGCGUGGACCGCUCCCUGCUGCUCCAAGGCUGGCAGGACCAGGGAUUCAUCACCCCCGCAAACGUGGUCUUUGUCUACAUGCUUUGCCGCGACGUGGUCUCCUCUGAGGUGGCCACGGAGCACGAGCUGCAAGCCGUGCUGCUCACCUGCCUCUACCUGUCUUACUCCUACAUGGGCAACGAGAUCUCCUACCCUCUCAAGCCCUUCUUGGUGGAGAGCUCCAAGGAGACCUUCUGGGACCGCUGCCUGUCCAUCAUCAACCUGAUGAGCGCGAAGAUGCUCCAGAUCAACUCCGACCCACACUACUUCACUCAGGUGUUUGCGGACCUGAAGAACGAGAGCCAGAAGGAGGAGGAGAGGAGCCGCCUGCUCAUCGGCCUGGACCGGUGA